AAAGAGCCAGGAUAAGUGCUGAAUUGGAAAAAUACCCCAACAUUGAUUUAAGACAUCAAUUUUCUCAACGUUUGCAUAUAUUUCAAUGAAGAUUAAACCAGACCCUACGAAGAAAAAAUGCUUCAAGCGGUUGUUCACGAAAAAACUUCCAAACAAUUAACCAGCCAACCAAUUCAAGCAAUCGAUGCCAAGUACAAAGGAAUAGUUGUGAAGGAGACCCAGCUGAAAUGCUUCUACACCUGCCCAGGAGGCACCAAUUAUGGUAACAGGCGGGCAGUCCUUACACAUGGCCUUCCCAAUGCCAAUACAGACGGCUUGGCUCCAGAGCACAUACCAGGUCCGGGGGCUGCCCUGUCGUGGCAAGCAGCGAUCGACGCGGCCAGGCAAGCCAAAGCAGCCGCGAUGAUGGACAACAAUAUGGUCUCGACGGCCAACUCGACCCAAAGGAAAAGGCAACCGUACAACAAGCAGAAAAAACAAGUUAACUCGACGACCACACGGCCACCACGGGCUCUCUUCUGUUUGACUCUGAAGAACCCCGUAAGGCGAGCAUGUAUCAAUAUAGUCGAAUGGAAGCCAUUCGAAAUAAUUAUUCUUCUAACUAUUUUCGCCAAUUGUGUGGCCUUAGCUGUCUAUAUACCGUUCCCAGAAGACGACUCGAAUGCAACGAAUGCCAAUCUGGAGCGAGUGGAAUACCUGUUUCUCAUCAUUUUUACAGUGGAGGCUUUUUUGAAAGUAAUAGCUUAUGGACUUCUCUUUCAUCCCAAUGCGUACCUCAGGAACGGCUGGAAUUUACUAGAUUUCAUUAUAGUGGUUGUAGGGCUUUUUAGUGCUAUUUUAGAACAAGCCACCAAAGGAGAUGGAACGAACCCAAUCGGAGGUAAAACUGCUGGAUUUGACGUCAAAGCUCUAAGAGCAUUCAGAGUCCUACGGCCACUACGCCUAGUGUCUGGGGUCCCCAGUCUCCAGGUGGUAUUAAACUCAAUCAUCAAAGCUAUGGUCCCGUUGCUACAUAUUGCUUUGUUGGUGCUGUUUGUCAUCAUCAUAUAUGCCAUUAUAGGAUUAGAACUCUUCAUGGGAAAAAUGCACAAAACCUGCUUAAUUAAUGGAACAGAAGUAAAUUUGGAAGAUGAGGCUGCACCCUGCAGCUUAAAUCUUGGGCAUGGCCGUCGAUGUACAAAUGAAACAUUUUGUAAAGGUGGAUGGAUUGGCCCCAAUGGCGGAAUCACUAAUUUCGAUAAUUUUGCCUUUGCCAUGUUAACCGUUUUUCAAUGCAUCACCAUGGAGGGCUGGACUGAUGUCUUAUACUGGAUGCAGGAUGCCAUGGGGUAUCAGUUACCUUGGGUCUAUUUUGUGAGUCUGGUCAUCUUUGGAUCUUUUUUCGUUCUAAAUCUGGUUCUUGGUGUGUUAAGUGGAGAGUUUUCCAAAGAGAGGGAGAAGGCCAAGGCACGUGGUGACUUCCAAAAGCUAAGGGAAAAACAACAGUUAGAGGAAGAUCUCAAAGGUUACCUGGACUGGAUUACCCAAGCUGAAGACAUUGAUCCAGAAAAUGAAGAUGAAGGCAUGGAUGAUGAUAAACCUAGAAACCUGAGCAUGCCCAGUGAAAGUGAAUCUGUGAACAAUGAGAAUGCGGCUGGUGCAGAAUUAGAAGAUUUGAAUUGCUGUGCUAGACUUGGGUUGCUGCAGGUGGCUGUGCAUCAACUGAGGCACAGAAUUUCCAAGUCCAAGUUCAGCCGAUAUUGGCGGAGAUGGAAUCGGUUUUGCAGGCGGAAAUGUCGAGCAGGCGUGAAGUCAAGUGUGUUUUAUUGGCUUGUGAUAUUUCUAGUAUUCCUCAACACCCUCACCAUUGCAUCAGAACACCACAAACAGCCCAUUUGGCUUUCACAAGUUCAAGAUACAGCAAAUCAAGUUAUUUUGGCCCUUUUCACCGGUGAAAUGAUACUUAAGAUGUACAGUCUUGGAUUACAAGCUUAUUUUGUGUCACUCUUCAAUCGCUUUGACUGCUUCAUUGUCUGCGGGGGAAUUCUCGAGACCAUUCUAGUGGAGACCCAGAUUAUGUCUCCACUUGGUAUCUCGGUGCUUCGCUGUGUAAGGCUUUUACGGAUAUUUAAAAUCACAAGAUACUGGAAUUCCUUGAGUAAUCUGGUGGCUUCUCUAUUGAACUCUGUCCGAUCCAUUGCCUCGUUGUUACUGCUCCUCUUCCUUUUCAUCAUCAUUUUCUCUCUCCUGGGCAUGCAACUUUUUGGAGGAAAGUUCAAUUUUGAUGAGAUGAAACCAAAACGGAGUACAUUUGAUAACUUUCCUCAGUCACUUCUUACUGUCUUCCAGAUCCUGACUGGUGAAGACUGGAACUCAGUGAUGUAUGAUGGGAUAAGGGCCUAUGGAGGACCAGCUUUCCCUGGGAUGUUGGUCUGCAUUUAUUUCAUCAUUCUCUUCAUCUGUGGGAACUACAUACUUCUAAAUGUAUUUUUAGCCAUUGCUGUGGACAAUCUGGCAGAUGCUGAGAGUUUGACAUCUGCCCAGAAGGAGGAGGAGGAAGAAAAGGAACGCAGAAAACUGGCAAGAUACACCAGUCCGGCAAAAACGAAAGAUAUUGAGAAGCCACCCAUUGAAGAGGAAAAGAAAGAUGAAAAGAUAGAACUGAAGACAAUAACUGCAGAUGGAGACGCGCCGCCUGCUACAAAGGUUGGAUUGGAUGACUACCAGUUUGAAGAGAAUGAAGAGAAAAAUCCUUACCCAUCCAAUGAAUUUCCAGGUGAAGAUGACGAAGAUGAGCCCGAAAUGCCAGUGGGACCACGUCCUCGCCCACUCACCGAACUCCAUAUAAAAGAGAAGGCUGUCCCCAUGCCUGACGCUAGCGCCUUUUUCAUCUUCAGUACCACAAACAGGUUUCGAGUGCUUUGCCACAGAAUUGUCAAUGACAACAUUUUUACAAAUCUCAUCUUAUUCUUCAUUCUGUUGAGUAGUAUUUCUCUGGCAGCAGAAGACCCUGUGCACCAGGACACCAAAAGGAACGAAAUCCUUACAUAUGCAGAUUAUGUCUUCACUAGUAUCUUCACAGUGGAAAUAAUAUUAAAGAUGACAGCAUAUGGGGCUAUCAUUCACAAGGGGUCCUUCUGCAGAAAUUACUUCAACAUACUCGACCUGGUGGUGGUCAGCGUCUCUCUCAUUUCUUUUGGAAUGCACUCCAGUGCAAUAGCAGUGGUAAAGAUAUUACGAGUGCUGCGAGUGUUACGACCUUUGCGAGCCAUCAACAGAGCAAAGGGAUUGAAGCAUGUCGUUCAGUGUGUAUUUGUGGCCUUGAGAACUAUCGGUAAUAUCGUCAUAGUGACCACACUGUUACAGUUCAUGUUUGCAUGUAUUGGAGUACAACUAUUCAAGGGUAAAUUCUACAGCUGCACGGAUGAAUCCAAACAGAGGGAGUCUGAAUGCAAAGGCCAAUAUAUUUCGUACAAAGAUGGGGAUGUAAAUCAGCCUGUGAUAAAUGAACGGAAAUGGACGAAUAGUGAAUUCAAGUUUGAUAGUGUUCCCACUGCAAUGAUGGCCCUGUUCACAGUUUCGACUUUUGAAGGGUGGCCCCAGUUGCUUUAUCGAUCCAUUGAUUCUCAUACAGAGGACACUGGUCCUAUUUACAACUACAGAGUGGAGAUAUCCAUCUUUUUCAUCAUCUACAUCAUCGUUAUAGCCUUCUUCAUGAUGAACAUCUUCGUAGGUUUCGUCAUUGUCACAUUUCAGGAACAGGGGGAACAAGAAUACAAAAACUGUGAGCUGGACAAAAAUCAGAGACAGUGUGUGGAAUACGCCCUCAAGGCUCGGGCGUUACGUCGUUAUAUUCCAAAGAAUCAUUAUCAAUACAAAGUCUGGUAUGUGGUUAAUUCCACAUACUUCGAAUACCUGAUGUUUGUUCUCAUCCUGCUGAACACUAUCUGCUUGGCUAUGCAGCAUCAUGGCCAGUCGCCGUUUUUUAGCCAAGCCAUGGAUGUCCUCAAUAUGCUGUUCACUGGACUCUUCACCGUCGAAAUGAUUUUGAAGUUAAUCGCUUUCAAGCCCAGACACUAUUUUUGUGAUGCAUGGAACACAUUUGACGCCUUGAUUGUUGUGGGUAGCAUUGUUGAUAUAGCAAUCACAGAGGUGAACCCAGCUGAAAAUAACCCAUCCACUUCCAUCCCCAUGGUUAUCCAGAAUUCAGAUGAGAACUCAAGGAUCUCAAUCACCUUCUUCCGUCUGUUUCGGGUGAUGCGCUUGGUGAAACUUCUAAGCCGGGGUGAGGGAAUUCGGACACUGCUCUGGACUUUUAUCAAAUCAUUUCAGGCUUUACCAUACGUUGCUCUUCUGAUAGUAAUGCUGUUUUUCAUCUAUGCCGUGAUAGGAAUGCAGGUGUUUGGUAAGAUUGCCAUUAACGAUGCCAAUCACAUUAACAGGAACAACAAUUUCCAAACAUUUCCACAAGCUGUUCUGUUGCUCUUCAGAUGUGCUACAGGUGAAGACUGGCAGGAGAUCAUGUUAUCCUGUCUCCCAAGAAAACCCUGUGAAGGAGAGUCACAAGAGGAAGAUUUAUCCUGUGGAACCAAUUUUGCUUAUUUCUACUUUGUCAGUUUCUACAUGCUGUGUGCCUUCUUGAUCAUUAACCUCUUUGUGGCUGUAAUCAUGGAUAAUUUUGACUAUUUAACACGUGAUUGGUCCAUCCUUGGUCCUCAUCAUCUGGACGAAUUUAAGAGAAUUUGGGCUGAAUAUGACCCUGAGGCCAAGGGUCGCAUCAAACACUUGGAUGUAGUUACUCUCCUGAGACGGAUACAACCACCUUUAGGAUUUGGAAAGCUCUGUCCACAUCGAGUGGCCUGCAAACGUUUGGUAUCCAUGAAUAUGCCUUUAAACAGCGAUGGUACAGUUAUGUUCAAUGCAACCCUCUUUGCUUUGGUUCGCACUGCUUUAAGAAUCAAAAGUGAAGGGAAUUUGGAACAAGCAAAUGAGGAACUUCGAGCAAUUGUCAAGAAAAUCUGGAAGCGGACAAGUAUGAAGUUGCUGGAUCAAGUUGUUCCUCCUGCAGGAGAUGACGAAGUGACUGUCGGGAAGUUCUACGCCACAUUCCUAAUCCAGGAUUAUUUCAGAAAAUUCAAGAAACGAAAAGAACAGGGCACUGUUGGGAAAGCAGUGCAGAAAAACUCCCUCUCUUUGCAGGCGGGACUGCGUACUUUGCACGACAUUGGCCCGGAGAUUCGGCGAGCCAUAUCUGGAGACCUGACAGCAGAAGAAGAGCUGGAAAAGGCAAUGAAGGAAGCUGCUUCAGCUGCAUCUGAGGAUGAUAUUUUCAGGAGGGCCGGUGGCUUAUUUGGUAACCAUGUUGGCUAUUACGGAAGUGAUGGUCGAAGCAGCUUCCCACAGACUUUCACCACUCAGCGUCCUUUACACCUCAAUAAAUCGGGAACCACGCAAGAUGAAACGGAGUCGCCAUCCCACGAGAAACUGGUUGAUUCAACGUUCACUCCGAGCAGCUAUUCCUCCACGGGAUCUAACGCCAAUAUUAACAACGCAAACAACACUGCAAUAUCCAGAUUUCCAAGCCCAGCCAAUUACCAAAGUACUGUCAAUACAGUGGAUGGUCAUGGCAAUUCUCUAACUUCAACACUUUCCUUGCAAGGCGCAGCAUGGAAGAUCAAUCCCAAAAGGACACGGUAUUAUGAAACACUUAUCCGCUCUUACUCUGAAGAAAGCCACUUGCCCAUCAUUCAACGAGAGGAAACGUCACCUGAUGAGACAUGCGAUGAAGACUUUAAUAAAGAUACUGAUUGCUGCAAUGAAGAGAGCAUGCUUUCAUCACAAUUAAUUCCCCAUCAAGAGGAAUAUGAAGAUAAUCAACUAGGUUCUUCAGAUGACUGCUGUGAUAAAGAUAGUUUUUCUCCUUCAAAGGGGCUGCUUUCAGCAACAUUGUUAGGGAGAAGAUCAUCAUUUCACCUUGAAUGUCUAAAGAGACAAAGGAGUCGAGGCUUGGAUGCAGCGUGUACAUCCCCACUCUCACAGCGGACUGCACUACCACUGCACUUAAUUCAGCACCAGGCAUUAGCAGUGACAGGUUUGAGCCCACUGCUAAGAAGAAGCCAUUCUCCAACACAAUUUUCCAGGUUAUGUGCAACACCUCCAGCGACUCCAUGCAGCAGGCGGAGGUUACAGCAGCAUAUUCCAACAUUAUUUGUCGAUGGCAUUGAAUCAUAUGAGAAACUGAACAGCAGCCUUCCAUCAGUAAACUGUAGCUCCUGGUACUCUGACAACUCACAUGGGAAUGUCAAAAAAGCCAGGCCAGUCUCUCUGACUGUACCCUCUCCCUUCAAAGAAAAGGGAAUUGAGUGUCAUGGCAGUGCGAGUAGUUUAGUAGAGGCGGUUCUGAUCUCAGAGGGGCUUGGUCGAUACGCACGAGACCCAAAAUUUGUGGAGGCAACAGCCCAUGAAAUUGCUGAUGCCUGUGAUAUGACAAUCGAGGAGAUGGAUAGUGCUGCAGACAACCUGCUCAAUGGCAACACUAAUGCAAGCCCAAACGGCAAUCUGUUACCCUUUGUAAACUGCAAAGAAUACCAGCAACAGGAUGUUGCGCAAGGCUGCGUGGGAGUAGAGCCAGACCGUGGGAAAAGUGAGGAGGAGUUUACAGAUGAGAUGAUUUAUGUUAGCACCCUGUAGUUAUAUGAAAUAGUUUUUAUUAUUUGCUUAAAAUCAGUUUGUUUCAGAAGUGCCUCACUGUUCUUGUGAUCUGAAAGUAACCAGAACAGCUGCUUUGUUCAUUUGCUGUUGUGAAUUGGGAGCUCUGAGUUCUUUUAAAAAAAAAACUAUUAUUAAAAAAUCUUGACUUCAGGUAGCAAACUGGCAUGACCUUUGAACCUGCAACAGAAACACUACCCGACAUCUCAAAUUUGCUAAAAACACAUCAGGAUCAAGAGUACAGAGGGGGGGAUGCUGGGUAUCCAACAGAGGUUGUUUGUGUGUCUUUAAGAAAGAACUGCAGAUGCUGGAAAAAUCGAAGGUAGACAAAAAUGCUGGAGAAACUCAGCGGGUGAGGCAGCAUCUAUGGAGAGAAGGGAUAGGCGACGUUUCGGGUCGGGACCCUUCUUCAGCCCGAAACGUCGCCUAUUCCUUCUCGCCCUAAAUGCUGCCUCCAGCAUUUGUGUCUACCUUGUUUGUAUAUCUGAAUGUUUGGCCAUACUAUCUAGAUCAGCCUUGAGGUUUUAACAGAAAGCAAUGCUAAGAGGAUACACACAAGCUGAUUAUAAAUAUAUUUUGUGAAGAAUGUGUCCACCCUGCUACAGAAUACCUCAGAAAGUAACAUUCCUUGUACUCUGAUUUAAAAAAAAAAAGAAUUUUAAGAGAUGGAUAAUCUGUAGUAAAUUGACAAAUGCAAAAUAUGGAGACAAUUAUCACAUGAUUUUAGCUAUCCCAACUGUAGCUUUUGAUGAUGGAGAACUUGUUGGUAAAAUAAUCUUUCUAAGAGAGCUUGUAUCCUUUAUAACUAAGCCAUGAGCUGUUUGGUGUUCAGUUCAUAACAUUCUUUUCCAAUGGGUUUGCAUUCUGAAUGCAUGGUUAAUUCUUACUUUGAUGUGGCUCAUUUUGUGUUUUAGCAAUUAUGGACCAGCCACUUUAUAAUUUUUUAAGUUGUGAUUUUUUUUUUUUUUUACUUUUCAUUAUUUUUAAUCUGAUGUGGACACACCUAAGUUCCUGCUAUAUGCAUUCCCUAAAGGAACCAUGUACAGUUUAGAGAAUUAUACGUUAUUUUACAUUGGUAAUUUAAACAAUAUCAGUAUCAUCGUUCCGAGUAAACGCAUACCUUCGAGUCAUGGACUGCUCAGAUUUGCAUGAUAUUUAUAAACCAUUUUAAUUUUAUUUAAACACCUAAACAGCGCAUCUGUGGUAGAUUUGAGUCUGCAAUGAUUUGCACCGUGGAUUUUUUUAUUGGAGUGGAGAUUAAUUUGUCCAUCGUCGAAUCUCAUCCUCUUGUGUGCCACAAGAUAUGCAAAAACAAUGCAAUAAAGUGUUACUGUAAUCAAGGCUAUAAACAUAUUAACUUAAAAACAUAGAUUAUAAAUGUAUGAAUGUGUGUAUAUAUGCAUCACACUGAAUUGAUAUAACUAUGAAUUGAUAUAUAAAUAUUAUAUUCACUGUGAUGUUUCUUGUAUUUGUUUUUGUUUAAUAACCUGUAAUACUUGAAAUCAGGUCGGUAUCAGUAUUUGAAAAAAAGACAAAAAAAAGCAGUGCAUUUUUAAUGAAUUUAUUGAGUACGUUGGUGUAUAUUUGAUGCAUGAACACUCAAGUAUUCAAGUGUGCCAAGCUAUACAAUAUAUAUAUAAAUAUAUAUACUUAUUUUAACUUCAAAUUGCUUUCUAAAUCUGAAAAAAUUAUACCUUUUUUAAUCAAAAUUUAAAAUGUACAUAUUGUGGUCAAUAUGAUAUGGCAUCUUCACAUAAAUAACAAAUACUGAUUUUGCAUAUCUUGUGUUCACUUCUUGUUGUAUUGGUUCUUGUUGCCUUUUGUUUUCACCCUGCCUUGCAACUUUUCAGAGCACUGAGAGUAUCUCGGAGGAGAUGUAAUAAGUAUUUAAAUGUUCAAUUUAUUUUUGUUUUCAUCUGACUCUUUCAAGUGGCAGUAAGCUGUUCUUGUGCCUUUAAUAAAAGUGGAAUCUCAGCUUUAUCUUUAAAUUGUAAAUUUCACAAGUUUGGUUGGUUCCCAACAGUGAACUUGUGGGGGCUUUUUCUUGGAGGAAAAUAAGCUUGUAGACUACAUCAAAAACAAGACAAAAGCUAAAUAUUUAAAAAAAAAGUAAGUUAAUGCCAUUUUGGUUAGUUUGUUUUAUCUAGGAAUGCCUUUACUUCUCCUACAAAAGAUUUUCCACAAAUGAAGGAAGAUAUUAUUUUUGAUAUUCCUAAAUUAUGAUAAAUAAUAAAAAGAAAUAUAAACCAGUCAGAUGGUGUCAUCCCAUCUAAAAUGUACUGCAAGGAAUUGAAGUUAGAGCAACCCUGUAGUUUGUAGACAAAUACUGCAGUGUUCUGAAUUGGUGUUUCAAACCAUUUAAAAUGAUUGGCAACGAGUUUAGCCUUCAAACACAGUUUUAGAAAAAGUACUGCUUAGCAACUUGAAUUUCUGCAAGUAUUAUCCAGGUAAACUUCACUUUGUACAUUAAAUGAUAAACAUGAAUAAGAAAUGAGAGGUGUGAAUGUGCCAGCACCAUAGAUUUUAAAUAUACAAUCAUUCUGCUGCUAAAGGCAUCAUCGGGUAUGCUGAUUUGAUCUAAGUUGCACAUUGUGAUUAUUAACUUAAAGUAGAUUUUUUUUUUUUAGUAAUUUAUAAUCUGAGCUUUCUCUUUGUGAAAUCUAUAGAAAAUAUUCUUUAAACUCAAAGGCAACAGAAUUGUGUGAGAAUGGAUUUUCAAAAGCUAUUAUUUUUCCCCUUAAAAUUUGUUUAAUAAUCAUGUAAAUCGAGGGAACUACGCAACAAAUGCCAUUCUUUGACGUUAAUAUUUGUUUUAAGUGAAAACAAAUUUCAUGCAACAUACCUAAUCUGAUUAGAAAAUAUUUCCCAUAUUUCUAAAAUAUACAUCUUGAUUAUACACAAGUUAAAUUUACAAAACUUAUAAAAUGUUCCUGGUAAUUUAAUCUAUAUUGUUUUUGGCGAUCAUUUAAUACAUUAUGAGGUAAAACAAUCAUUAUAUUAAUCACUCAUUUUGAAAUAAUUUUAAGGAACUUCCAUUGGAUAGAUUAAACGGAGGAAUGGAUUUGUAAAUUGCUGACAAACAUAUACUUACAUUAACAUUUUGCAAAUCAUUUCAAAUGUCAACUUUUGCUGCUCCAAUUGGAUCUAGAGUUAGCAGUGUAACUACCACAAGCUCGUCAAAUGUUAUUUAAUUAUCUACUGGAGCCUUAACUUAAACUGGUUUCCACUUAAAUUAGUACCUGUAACAUUUUAUCUUUGUUAACAUAUGAAACGGUGUGUUUUUCCUAACACUACGCCUUUAGACAUUAAAAAUCUCACUGGAUUCCAACCUUUCAUCUACAGAAAUAUAUGUAAAAUUUGGGGAGUCAAUUAUGAUUUCUCUUUAGUCAGAGGGUGGAAAAUAUGUGAAAUGAAUUGCCGCAGAAGGCUGUGGAGACCAAUUUUUAAGGCGGAGAUUGACAGAUUCUUGUUUAACAAGGAACUGCAGAUGCUGGAAAAUUGAAUGUAGAUAAAAAUGCUGGAGAAACUCAACGGGUGAGGCAGCAUCUAUGGAGCGAAGGAAAUAGGCGAUGUUUCGGGUCGAGACCCUUCUUCAACCAGGUUCUUGAUUAGUUUGGAUGUCAGGGGGCUAUGGGAAGAAGGCAGGAGAAUUGGGUUGAGAGGGAAAGAUAGGUCAGUCAUGAUUCAAUGGCAGAGUAGACUUGAUGGGCCGAAUGGCCUAAUUCUGGUUCCACAAUUUGUGAACGUAUUGAAUUAUUUUGAGGAAGAGAGAAAAUCAUAAAUAGUUGCCCAUAUUUGUUAUAAUUCUGACUUUAACUGACAAUAAUGCAAGCUGUUUUUACUAGGUGAUUGGAGUUGCUUUUUGGUGUAAAAAGUGUGACUGUUAUUGAAAAGCGAAAUAAUUAGAUUCUUACAUUUAAAUGUUGAAUCUCCACAAAACAUAGAUUCACCAGAGCUUUCAGGGAUUUUUUCAUUAUAAAAUGGGGUUAAAUUGUUAUUAAACACAACACUAUUGCUCCUAUGCCUAGGAAUGGAUUGUGUAGACUGCCUUCCACUUGGGAAGCAGAUUGAAGGAAUCAUAUCAGUGAUGCAGAUGAUGGAGUUCCUACAUUUCUGCAGCAGGCUCUUAUUUUCCUUGUACCAUGCCGAAGUGGCUGACCUAAAAUCACUGCACACAUUUAAUUGAAACUAAUUCACAUUAAUAGGUGACUUUCUGAGAGUUGGGUCUUGUAAAGGUCCACAUCCUGUUCCUCAGGCAUUUACUUUCUUUGGCAAACUGACCAUCAGACUCUAACCGCCAGCCCCCCUUUCUUCUCUUCAUCCGAAUCUCAAGACCUGGCGUUAGUCCUGAGCAACACUCCUUUCAUUGAGAAAAUGUAGAAUUCUUGUUGAGUGGUGUCCAACAGAUUGAAUUUUGCAAAUGGUGCCUGAACAGUUGUCAAUGACCCAUUGUAACACCCAUCCAGUGGACUUUUUGGGUGCAUUGAUAUUUAUAUGCCUCCAACUCUGGAACAUGUAAACAACUGCAGAGCUCAUUCUAAGUGACAACGUCAACAUUGUAGAAACCCGGGACUUAAGUGGUAACCCAAAAUUGCUGCACACAUUGAUUUGAAUAAAAUUUACAUUAAAAGGUUAAUUUCUUAGAGUUAGCUUUGUACUUGUUCACCACGAAGUGCAGUUGUUCAUUAGGAACUGCAUGACCUUGUGAAAGGUACCGUGACAAAGCUAGUUUUGGACUAGAGUAGUGGUGGGGAAUGCAUAUAGUAAAUACUUAAAUCAACUGCUACACACUAUGAUUAAUUCAGCAAAUACUUAGGGCACACUAAAUGUACAAAAAUAUGGAAGUAAAGUUUUAUAGAUUCCUGUCUAUAGACGACAAACAAUCUCACUGCUUUAAACUAAAUUAUUGUAUACAUUUAACAGUUAUAAUUAAAGUAUUCACCUUGCCAGUAUUAACAAUGUGUGAAAAAUCAAUUAUCCAAUUGCCUGUUUUGAUUUCUCCCUUUCAAUUUCCUCAUGUUUUGCUUGGAGUAAUAAUAAGUGUUGUAAAAUUGUGAAGGGUGAAUUAAAAGCUUUUGUCACAAACUGUUCAUGCAUUACCUAUGGCUCGUUUAGUGGUUAAGGCCCUUGUGCAGCAUGAGUUGUGUGUCUAAACAUCUGCAACCACCCCACCACUCGUACUAUCUUUUAACUUUUGGAUUACAAUUUCAUAUUAAGAUUAAUAAUAAGGUUUUACAUUUAAUUUUUAGUACAAUAAUCUUCUGUAAAAUAAAGAGGUGCUUAGAAUGUAGCCCUUUGAUUCUAGGUGUACAAUAUUCAUUAAAAAAAAUUGUAUUCUGGUAAAAUUUUAAUUUUGUUUGAAAUAUGUUGCUUUACCCAGUGUACAAUGUAUCAUAUUUGACGAGGUUAAAUAUGGAGCAUAUUUAAUCACCUGCAAGUCUAAGGUCUAAUUGAGCUAUGACAAACUUCAGCAUGGAAUAUGGCCUCGUAGUUAGCUUUAUAGAUUGUUGAUCUGUUUAUGUAUGCCAGGAGCUAUGGAGCUACCAUGCAACCAUGCCCAGACACAAACAGACUUAACCUUGUUGGAUUUGGAAUAUCAGAUGCUGGUAAUCUGUGAAUGACUUGCGAAUUGCAUUGGGCAAAGGGGCAAUAGGGCAGAUAUGGUUACAGGAUCUUCAUUUAGUUAAAAAAUAUUUUGAAUUUGAAACACUUUAAACUUUUUUUCUGUUUAGAGAAAGGAGUAGAACAUGCAGCAGGCAGUGGAAAGAAUGCAGUUAUUUGCACUGCCUCCGAAUCUUUGUGCACAAGUAUGAUUAAUUUGUUCUUUUUGGCUGGUCAAAGAGACGCUGAGCAGGGAAAAAUCUCACAAAACAACAGAUCAAAUAGAUUGCAUUGCAGCGUUGUAGAUUGGAAUUCCAUGCUCGUCAGCUGUGAAAAGGGCCAAGGAUAAAAAAAUAAAGAAAAAUUCUUAACCCUUUAAUUUGAAAAUCAGUGUCACUUACAAUCAUAUUUAAACACUUCUGUUCUUUUGAUGCUCUAAAUUCUAUGCGUUGAACAUAUAUGGUAACUGAUUAUUUGUGGGAAGUUAUUUCUGUCAGGGACUUGAGCAAAUGCAGAAUUAUUUGAUAUACUGUUUUUGCAAAAUAUAUUGUUUUAUUUAUUAUUUACUAUUGCAUGCAGAUACAUGGUUAACUCCCUAUCCUUUUGUGUUCUUUCACCUGUUUGAAUAGUUUCAAGUCAUUCAAUUCAACACUUUUGUACUCGGUUUAAAAGAAACAAGAAACAGUUCAUUUGUAAAUAACUAAUGUACAGUUUGUUACUGUUGCAGUAUUCCGUCUAUGGUGGAAUAAACCGUCUUGCUCUCGCACGUAAAAUUUAGAAUGUAUUGAUCUAAAACAAGUUUUAAGUUAAUCUUUGAUUCAGAAGAUGUAUAUUCCUGUAAUAUUGCAUUUUUAUCCAAGGAAUGAUGUUAUUAAAAUUGCAAAUAAAUUAAAUUUCCUAACUGU